AUGAGCAGUUUCGAGCUAGAUGAGGUCUGCAAGACCCUGCCUCCACCCUUCGGGCAUCCGAUUAUUCGCGCCUCCACUGUCGGAUCCACUCACGGAGCCUUUCUAGGUUCUUUUGGGUCAGUUCCAAUCCCAGUGCAAGCAGAAUGCGAUAGAGUGGCGCGCGAGAUUGAGCGCAAUCCAGAUCUCUUCCAUCGUUUUACGCACUACAAUAUCCAGGCUCAAGUCAGAGAGCUCAUCGCACCAUUAAUUGGUGCCCAAGCGGACGAAUGUGUUAUCGUUCCCAAUGCAACCCUCGGAGUGAACACGGUGCUUCGAAAUAUCGAAUGGGAGAGGGGCGAUAUCAUCAUUGAGUUCAAUACAACGUACGAUGGUGUCUCUCGUGCAGUACAAUACCUCGCAGACACACCGCCUCAUCCAUCUGUAUCCGCCCUGGCCAUCACCUACCCCACCACCCAUGCAGACAUAAUCUCGACAUUCCGUGCGCACGUCAAGUCGGUCGUGGCCUCGAAGCCUCCUGGAAAGAAAGUCGUCGCGCUCAUCGAUAGCAUCGUAUCCAAUCCGGGAGUCCUUCAGCCUUGGCAGGAGCUCGUAAAAGUCUGCAGGGCGGCAGGCGUUAUAAGCAUUGUUGACGCUGCACAUUCCAUCGGCCAUGAGUUGAAUAUCAACCUCGGAAGAUCGCAACCUGACUUUUGGAUUUCCAAUUGCCACAAAUGGCUAUUUACACAACGUGGCUGCGCUGUGCUUUAUGUUCCUAAGCGGAACCAGCAUCUCAUCAGAUCGAGCAUCCCAACACCCCACGCGUAUGCUUCACCAGGCAGCCCACCAGCCUUCAUAGAACAAUUUGACUGGAACGGCACUGCGGACUUCGUACCAUUCUACAGUGUUGUGCACGCCCUUCGGUUCCGCUCAUGGCUAGGAGGCGAGGAGAAGAUUAACGAUUAUUGCCACGGGUUAGCCAUCGCGGGUGGGAAGCGGCUAGCCAAAGUCCUAGGAACGCGAGUCAUGGAUCCAGACGGCUCUCUUACCUUGAAUAUGGUGAACGUCGAACUACCGUUGUCUGGAUCGAUUCAAUGGACUCGUGAACUUGAUAUCAAGAUGCAAGAGAAACUGCUCAAAGACUAUAACGUCUACGCGGCGCAUUUCUACCACAAUGGGAGAUGGUGGGCUAGGUGCAGCGCACAGGUAUAUAACGAGCUCAGUGACUUCGAAGUCUUGGGACAGGCGUUCCUCCGACUUUGUGCUGAUAUACAGCAAGAGUUUAGAGUGGUGAAGGCGGCGAAACUAUGA